UUCCCGCCCCAGAAACACAGGAACAGACACUCGGAGACCUGGCCCCAUACUCCUUGCUCCAAGGGGCAGGCAGGAGAGGCUGAAAAUAGAAACUGCUUCCAAAGAGAUAAAGGGGAUGACUCCAGCAGAGCACCCCACUCCUUUGAAGAGCUCAAAGGAAGAUGUCAGCCCAGUCUCUUCCUGCAGCAACACCCCCUACCCAGAAGCCCCCUCGGAUCAUCCGCCCCCGCCCCCCCUCUCGUCCCCGCACUGCCCAGUCCCCAGGACUUCCCCAUAACGGCUCCUCUCCACAAGAACCUCCCCUCACCUCCAAUGAUGCACCAUCCCCAAUGUGCACCCCUAUCUUCUGGGAGCCGCCAGCCUCGUCCCUCAAGCCCCCUGCCCUUCUGCCCCCCUCAGCCUCUAAAGCCAGCCUCGACUCCCAGACUUCCCCAGACUCGCCUUCUAGCACCCCUAGUCCAGUGUCUCGGCGCUCUGUCUCCCCAGAACCUGCUCCCCGGUCUCCAGUCCCCCCACCCAAACCCUCCGGGUCACCCCACACACCUCUGCCCCUGCUCCCCGCGGCCCAGGUCCUCACCCAGGAUGGCCCUGCCUCGGCCCCAGGCACUGUGCGGAGACUGGCUGGCAGGUUUGAGUGGGGAGCUGAAGGCAAGGUCCAGGCUGAGGACGAUCUGGAGCCAGGUCCCCAAGGGGUAGCGGAUGUCAACGGGGAGAGGGAGACUCCCCAGGGCAUCCUCACCAGGAGUGGGUCCCAGCAGAAUGGUGCUCCAGAUGCUGCCCUGGCCUGCCCUCCUUGCUGCCCCUGUGUCUGCCAUGUAGCCCGGCCUGGGCUGGAGCUCCGAUGGGUCCCUGUGGGGAGCAAAGAGGACGGUCCCAAGGCUCCCUGCAGGGCCUCCCCACUGCGGGCCUCCCGCUCCCGCCCCAACCCUCCAAGCAUCAGUCACCCCCCAGUCGUCCUCACAUCCUACCGCUCCACUGCUGAGCGCAAACUCCUGCCACCCCUCAAACCUCCCAAACCAACUCGGGUCAGGCAGGAUGCCACCAUCUCUGGGGAUCCCCCACAUCCAGAUCUCGAUGUGCCCUCUGAAGAUGGAAUCCAAACAGGGGACAGUCCGGAUGAAGCUCCUCAGAAUGCUCCCCCAGCAACCAUGGAGGACAGGGACGAGGAGGGGCUGGAUGAGCUGAAGGAGCAGAACUGGGAGCUACCCCUGCAGGAUGAGCCCCUGUACCAGACCUAUCGAGCAGCCGUGCUGUCAGAGGAGCUGUGGGGGGUCGGUGAGGAUGGGGGUCCCUCUCCAACAAACCCUGGAGAAGCUCCCACCUUCCCAAGACCCCCUGGACCUCGCAACACCCUGUGGCAGGAGCUUCCGGCCGUCCGAGCCAGCGGCCUCCUGGACACCCUCAGCCCCCAGGAGAGGCGCAUGCAGGAGAGCCUGUUCGAGGUGGUGACAUCCGAGGCCUCCUACCUGCGCUCCCUCCGGCUGCUGACGGACACCUUUGUGCUGAGCCAGGCUCUCAGGGACACGCUCACCCCCCGCGAUCACCACACCCUCUUCUCCAAUGUGCAACGAGUCCAGGGAGUCAGUGAGCGCUUUCUAGGGACGUUACUGUCCCGUGUGCGCUCUUCCCCGCACAUCAGCGACCUGUGCGACGUGGUGCAUACCCACGCCGUGGGGCCCUUCUCGGUGUACGUGGAUUACGUGCGGAACCAGCAGUAUCAGGAGGAGACCUACAGCCGCCUCAUGGACACGAACGUGCGCUUCUCCGCGGAGCUGCGGCGGCUGCAGAGCCUCCCGAAGUGCGAGCGGCUCCCGCUGCCGUCCUUCCUGCUGCUGCCCUUCCAGCGCAUCACGCGGCUCCGCAUGCUGCUGCAGAAUAUCCUGCACCAGACAGAGGAGGGGUCCAGCCGCCAGGAGAAUGCCCAGAAGGCCCUGGGUGCUGUCAGCAAGAUCAUUGAGCGUUGCAGCGCCGAGGUGGGGCGCAUGAAGCAGACUGAGGAGCUGAUCCGGCUGACGCAGAGGCUGCGCUUCCACAAAGUCAAGGCCCUGCCCCUGGUCUCCUGGUCGAGGCGCCUGGAGUUGCAGGGGGAGCUGACGGAGUUAGGGUGCCGGAGGGGGGGUGUGCUCUUCACCUCGCGUCCCCGCUUCACCCCCCUCUGCCUGCUGCUCUUUAGUGACCUGCUGCUCAUCACUCAACCCAAGAGUGGGCAGAGGUUACAGGUUCUGGACUACGCCCAUCGCUCCCUGGUCCAGGCCCAGCAGGUUCCAGACCCAUCUGGACCCCCUACAUUCCGCCUCUCCCUUCUCAGCAACCACCAGGGCCGCCCCACCCACCGGCUACUCCAAGCUUCAUCCCUAUCAGACAUGCAGCGCUGGCUGGGAGCCUUCCCUACCCCAGGCCCCCUUCCCUGCUCCUCAGACACCCUCUAUGAGGACUGUGACUGUUCCCAGGAGCUGUGUUCGGAGCCUUCUGCACCAGCCAAGACUGAGGGACGGAGUCUGCAGUCCAGGGCUGCCCCCAAGCACCUGCACAAGAGCCCUGAGGGCUGGCUGAAGGGGCUUCCUGGGGCCUUCCCUGCCCAGUUGGUGUGUGAAGUCACAGGGGAACACGAAAGGAGGAAGCACCUUCGCCAACACCAGAGGCUCCUUGAGGCUGUUGGGCCCUCUUCAGCCACCCCCAGUGCCCCCCCACCCUAAUGCAGGCUGAGGAGGGGGCACAGGUUGGGAUAGCUGCAGUGAGGCAUGGAGAGGACAAAGCCCAUCCAUCCACUGGAUUCGCUGUCAGUGAAAACGCUACCUCUAGUGGCAACCAAUAGGGACCGAGCUUCAGGACAGAGCAGCCAAUGAAAAGAGGGCUGUCGGAGCCCAGGCAACGAAGGAGAGUGGGGAUGGCCUGGGUGUGUUGCCAAUGGAGACAGAGCGGCCAAUGGGUGCUGAGCUGGCUGAGUCCUUGGCUAAUGAGUAUCCCUGCUAUGCUCACAGCCAAAGAAGACAAAGCUAGGUCAAUGCGGUUUAAAAAAGGGCCGAGUUGUAGAUAAAGUCCUAGGAUUAAAAUAGCCAACAGUAAUGAGCAGGGACCCAUCCAGCCAAAGAAGAUGGUGAUCUGGGCGCAAGACACCAGUAGUGACGCUGCUUGUUUCUACAGCAACAACCUGGCCUGCCCUUUGAGUCUGGGAAGUAUUAGAUUCCAUUCCCAGGGUGCCUCAUGUGCCCUCUCAAGCCACUUCUUCUCUUCUAGAAGAAUCCAGAGUGUGUUUCUCAGAGAAUCUGUGUGUGUG